UAUAAAAAACACCCAAAAACCAAAACCCUAAUCUAACUCUAAAAAACUUCAGCCGCAUCUCUUCUCUCUGGCUCUCUUCGGUCGCUUUCAUCAUCGUCGCCAUCGCCGGCGACAAGCUGGCUAAGCUGUCCGCAUCAUCGCCGCGUGAAACAGCCGCCAACAAUCACCCCUCAUCGUCGCCAUUGCCGGCGACAAGCUGGCCAAGCUGUCCGCACCACAACCGCUUGAAACAGCAGCCGACAACCACCAAGCAGCCGGCGACACCCUUCAUCACCACCAAACAGCCGACAACCAUACAGCCGGAGAAAUCUCCAACAUUAAGUAUAUGUUUUCUUUCUCCAUUUUUCUAAUCCUUUUGCCUUUCAUUGUUGUUGUGUAGUCGACUGUGAAUAAAUAGGAUUUUGGUAUUGCUUUGUCAUAGCUUUUGUUCUUCUCCAUGGUCUAGUGUAAGCUACGGUUAUCUAGCUAAUACCACUGAAGUUGCGGUGGAGUUAUCUCAUUAUGGUGAUAAAAAUUGGUUUAAUUAAACGUUGACAAAAUAAACUUUGAACUAAAAGAGGCACUGAAGAGGCCUUAAUUAAAAGAAAGAAGAAGCUAAUCUUGCCAUUAUAUGUCCAUUGACCAUCAAUGUUGAAGCUUCCCCUUUGGUCUCUGUUUCCAUUGAUGAUAGUGGUAGUUGUAGCACUACUGAUACAUCUGCUAAUGGACGAUGUAGGAGAACCCGAAAAGGAUGUGGACAUACUAGACUUGUUGCCCUCUGGUGUGAAACUGGUUGACACACCUAUUCUUUUUUUUGUUAUUUCUCAUAAGGCUAUUGUACUUGAGCUUGCUGAUAUCCGUCGUGUAGCUGUGGAGGCAUCGAAUAAUGGCUCACAAAGCGUUGAAUUAGUUCGUGAUCUUAGCAGGCGAUUAGAGCUCCUGAAAAUUGUAUAUAAGUAUCAUUGCGCUGCUGAAGAUGAGAAUGAGUUUGAAAGAAAGAAACAAGAAAUAUUAGCUGCUCAAAGUGCAUCAAUUGUGAAAGGAGGAUAAGAAAGGAAUUGGACUUGUUGAUGAAGCAUGUAUACAAGAAAUCAUCUUCAAAUGAUGAACACCCAUCUCAAGAAGACAACCAAGCUUAUGACGAUGAAAGUGAUGAUGACUUUGACAACGUGAAUGAAAGUGAUUAUAAUCGUGAUAACAUGGAUGAAAGUGAUUUUGACCCUGAUGGUUGAUAGUUUUAUUGAGGAUUCAAGUUUGAAAUAUUUUGUUUUGGACCAUUUAAGAAUCAUACAUUAUUGAUGUGGAUGUUUUGAAUUAUGUUUUUUGUUAGCUCUAAUGGUUUACAUUAGAUUUGUAUUGAAUGAUGUUUUUGAGAAUUAUUGAAAGUUUUAAAUAGAUUUUUGAUUAAUUGUGAAAUAUUUCUAGUAA